GGCUCUAGUAGUUUCCCUGUGAUUAAUGGCUCCUCGCUAUUAAGGUGUCUUUUCACAAAAAAAGUAGCUUACAUAUUUGCCCUGCAUUCUUGUAACAUCCUAAGCUGAAAAUUACAGUGAUACAGAAUUAAGAUGGUGCUCCUGAAUUGGAAGGCACUGGAAAAUUUUCCACUUCUAAUGUACAUUUUAGCUGCUAAAACAUUAAUUCUUUGCUUAGCAUUUGCUGGGGUAAAAGUAUAUCAAAGGAAAAGACUUGAAGAAAAGCUGAAAAAGGAACAAGCAGAAAAGCAGAAAAGAGAAAUUGAGAAAAAAGAAAACUGAAGAUCUAAAGAUUUUCUGACAUGUUGCAGCCGACUUGGAUGCCUUUCUGGGAAGCAUUGAAGAUUUCACUGAUUUCACUAUGCUGGAGAAAUGAAUUCCCUAAGAUCAAGAUUGAUUUGAAUAAUGUAUUUUAAUUUUGUUGUUUUGUU